AUGGAUUCCGUGGCGGGAUUCUUUUGGGACGAUAGUUCCAGCAAGAAGCCCAGAAGUAGUGUUACUGGUAGUCCAGAUCACCAUGGUAGUGGUAUCAAGACAUCUGGUAACGAUGAAAGAAGGGUAAGCGCUGGGUCUACGACAGCACACUCCACACAGCAAUACUUGGCGGACAAACUAGUGGAGAAAUUGAUCUAUAUGGCGCUGCCACCAUCAUCAGAACUGGCGAAAAAGACUAUCGAACAUAGAGUGGAAUCAGGACGCAACAGACCUGGACUUUCAGUGCAGAUAAUGAGCCGGAACUUCAUUCAGAUGAACUCAAGACUGGGGCCUCCAUUCCUGGUGAUCGACGAGAUCAUCAAAGUCCUCAACUGGACGAACACGGCGUACACACUUUCAAUAAUGUCAUUAUUCACUUAUACAGUGAUGAAACCGCUGCCGACUUUGACCAGUAUUCCGGUGUUUUACCUGGUAUUCGGCAUCAUGGUUCCGCAGUAUCUCAAAAUUCACAAACCAGACUCAAACUGCGCUUUUGAGUCAAACCCAGUUCCAGCAAGAGGACCUCCCCUUUUCCGGGCCGAGGUUCCCAAACCGGUUCCAGAGUUCAGCAAAGAAUUUUUGCUGAAUUUGACGGAUUUGCAAAACCAUAUGCUUCUUUAUGUCGCAGCAUUCGACUUCGUCAACGCGAUUUUAGCCCGGUUUGCAUUUUUCACCGACGAAGGUGUUUCGAGCGCGGCGUUCUUAUGUUUGCUCGUAUUGGCGUGGUUCAAUGCGCUUUUCAUGGACUCUGUAUCGAGAGUCUUGCCCGUGAAACCUCUACUAAUAUUCCUCGGAUGGGCGUGUGCUUUUGCACUGCAUCCGCACAAUAGGGAAUGGGUCUUAAGUAAGAUCUACUCCGAGGAAACCAGGUUGCGAAUGCUUUUGGUGUCAAGCAAAAUAGAGUCAAAAGUACACCAAUAUUUCGAAUAUCACGAAUCGAAGGAGGUCCGCCAAGCGUCCAUUUUCGAGGUACAGAAAUUCCAGGAACACGAUAAAACGUGGGAAUUACUAGGCUAUUCCACUGACCAUUAUGCCUUGUUUUCAGACUACCGAAUAUCUGAAAAAGAGGUCGAAGACGCCGUUCAUCAUUUAAGUGAUGUAAAAGCGCCCUUGGAAUGGGAAUGGCUCAAGGACUCAAAAUGGGAACAAGACCUGGAUCCCGUGCUGUGGGUGGAAUCCGAGUUUGUCGAAUAUGUCGACAUCGAUAUCGAAACCAAAUGGGUAUAUGACGUGAACCUGGAUGGUUCUAAGGGUGAAUAUAGACGCAGGAGGUGGUUGAGACAGUGUACACGAAGCACUGCUGUUGAAAUAGACGAGGAAUCGAUUGAGACCUCAGUGGCCCAAGUAGAUGCUUUGGGCAAAGCUGCGAGCUCUGUAACAUCACCCGCGCUGUCUCAUGAUAGCACCAAUGCUAACUCUACGUUACGCACUGCUGCGUCAAAUGGGUCUCUUUCGAGCAGCUACAACAACUCCGAUAUUUCGAUACUCAAAAGCAACGGCAACGGGUCCCGGGCUUCAAAAAGUCUUUCCGACUUUCUAAACGUGCCAUAG